GCAAUUCUAAACUUAGGCACUUUUCCAGUCUUGCAUUCAUUUGUUGGCCCGGGCAUUCACGCUACACUGAGAAGAAAAGUUCAAUCAUUGUCGAGCCUUUUUUCAUCAAUGCGCAAGAGGAAAAAGGUCUGAGCAUAAGAAGAAAGAAACUUCUUGUUAGCAUCCCCUUCUUUGCUUACCACCAUAUCCCUUUUAUACGUCAGAGUGUGGACUAAUCUUCUUCCUCUACGUAAACAUAUAUAUAACAUGGCUCAAUCUGCAGUUCUCGGUUUCCCCCGUAUCGGACCUAAGCGUGAGGUCAAGAAGGCUUUAGAAGCUUACUGGGGCGGUAAGAUUGCCGUCGAAGAGCUUCUCAAGGUCUCCAAGGAACAACGCCUUUUGACAUAUGAGACCCUCAAAUCUCAAGGUGUCGAUGUUAUCCCAACCGGUACAUUCUCCUUGUACGAUCACGUCUUGGACACAUCAAACACCUUCAACAUCAUCCCAUCCAAAUAUGCCAAAGCUGGUUUGAACAACCUUGAUACAUACUUUGCUAUGGCACGUGGUCACCAAAAGGGUGACGUUGACUUGCCAGCAACUGAAAUGCAAAAGUGGUUUGACUCAAACUACCACUUCCUCGUCCCUGAGGUUUCCCAAUCCACAAAGUUCGCUUUGAACGACACAAAAUUCGUUGACGACUUUGUUGAGGCAAAGCAAGCUGGUUACAACGCUCGCCCAGUCUUGACUGGUCCAAUCACCCUUUUGGCUUUGUCCAAGAUUGACAGCGAAUCAAAAGAUGCCGAAUUUGACCCUGUCACUUUGGUCUCCAAAUUGGCUCCUGUUUACGGUGAACUUUUGACCAAGUUGGCCGCUGCCGGUGCUGACUGGGUUCAAAUUGACGAACCAAUCUUGUGCAUGGACCGUGCCGCUGAUUACGCUGAUGCUUUCAAAUCCACAUACGAAACAUUGGCAAAGGCUGCACCAAAUGUCAAGAUUCUUUUGGCUACCUACUUUGGUCGUUUGGAAUCCAACGUUGACUUUGUCAAGGAUUUGCCUGUUGCAGGUUUGCACAUCGAUUUGGACCGUGCUCCUGAACAAAUUGACACUGUUGUUCCUCACUUUGCCAACAAAACCACAACCCUCUCGCUCGGUGUUGUGUCCGGACGUAACAUCUGGAAGACUGACUUGAACGACGCCCUCAAGACUGUCCAAAAGGCCGUUAAAAUCUUGGGCGGUGACGAGAAGCGUGUUCAAGUUGCUACAAGCUCUUCCUUGUUGCACACUCCAAUCACACUCAAGAAUGAAAACAAGCUCUCUGCUGAAGUUUUGGACUGGUUCUCAUUCGCAACUGAGAAGGCCAACGAAGUCGCUACUUUGACCGCUGCUUUGCGUGAUCCCAGUAGCGCUGCUGAAAUUCUUUCCACAAACGAAAAGAGCAUCAAAGCUCGUCGUGACUUCGAAAAGAACUCUGACCCAGCCGUUCGUCAACGUUUGGCCGCCAUCAAGCCUGAAGACUUGAAACGUAAAUCACCUUUCAGCGUUCGUCGUCCUUUGCAAGACAAGCACUUGAACUUGCCUUUGUUCCCAACCACCACAAUCGGAUCUUUCCCUCAAACCAAGGAAAUCCGUGCUUACCGUGCUCGCUUCAACAAGGGAGAAAUCACACAACAAGAAUACGAGAAAUUCUUGGAAGAUGAGAUCAAAUUCGUUGUUGAGAAGCAAGAAUCCCUUGAUUUGGAUGUCUUGGUGCACGGUGAACCCGAAAGAAACGACAUGGUCCAAUACUUCGGUGAAUUGUUGGACGGAUUCGUCUUCACACAAAACGCAUGGGUCCAAAGUUUCGGAUCCCGUUACGUUCGUCCCCCAGUGGUCGUCAGCGAUGUCAGCCGCCCCAAGCCAAUGACUGUUCGCUGGUCUAGCUACGCACAAAGUCUCACAAAGAAGACCAUGAAGGGAAUGUUGACAGGACCUGUCACCAUUUUGAACUGGUCUUUCCCUCGUGCUGAUAUCCCCAAGGAGAUUCAAGCCAAGCAAAUCGCUUUGGCAUUGCGUGAUGAAGUUAACGAUUUGGAGAAGGCAGGUAUCCGAUCAAUCCAAGAAGAUGAGCCAGCUAUCCGUGAAGGUUUGCCAUUGCGUGCAGCUGAGCACAAGGCUUACUUGGACUGGGCCGUUGCUUCUUUCCGUUUGAGUACCUCUGGUGUUUCUGAUGAAACUCAAAUUGUCAGUCACUUCUGUUACUCUGACUUCGCCAACAAGCAAAUCAUGCAAAGCAUUUUGGACUUGGACGCUGAUAUGAUCUCUAUCGAAAACUCAAAGAGUGACGCAAAGAUUUUGCGCGUUUUCCAAAACUUCGAAUACGAAAACGAUAUCGGACCAGGUGUCUACGAUAUCCACUCUCCCCGUGUUCCUUCAGCAGAGGAGAUGUUCAACAGACUCAAGGCUUUCACAGCUUACUUGCCUGUCGAGAGAUUGUGGUGCAAUCCUGAUUGUGGUUUGAAGACCCGUACAUGGGAUGAAGCCGCCGCUCAAUGCAAGAACAUGGUUGAAGCAGCAAAGAGAGCACGUACCGAGCUUGCCAAGAAAUAAGCAUAUCACUCAUGUUUGUUCCCCAUAUACAUUAUAUCCCCCACCAAAAUGCGAAUUAGAGUAUCAGACGCAUCAACUGCUCCUGGACUUUGAUUUGCUUUAUGGGAUGUUCAUUCCUGGACAUCUUUACUCUCUUUUUCUGUUAUCGUGUUCCAUCUAUUUCGUGUAGUCGUGUUAUAUAAUCAUUUUGUCUUAUUAUCAAUCCAAUCAGCAUUCAACAUGGA